CUCUAGUUCUGCGUCGGAAACAUGCAGUGUGUGGGCUUGGAGAUUUCCUCUACCAAUUUAAGAAAAAACAGAUGAGGAUGUUUUACAAGUCUGUGGUGAAAAUAUCGCUCUCAAAGACAAAUCAUUCGUGCAGAGUUUGGUAGAUAACAGUCACGUAGGAGGAACAGGCCAAGCGAGGUGAUAGAAAGAGGAGAAAACGCGGGCAUCACAACCCGUAAAUGGUGCUUUAACGGUUUGCCACGGGUUUGUCGCGCAGACGCCGCCUUAUGUCCAGUAACAUUACCUCAGAGUAUAAAAAGCUGGGCCUUUCCCCAGGAUUUAAGAUCUCUAUUAUAAUUGUGCUGGGGUUGGAAAUUGUUCUUGGUAUUUGUGCUAGCUGCACUGUUUUGCUGAUCUAUUGGAACAAGAGAAGUGUUCGGAGUGUAGCAACGAAGUUCAUCGCAAAUCUUGCUCUUAUUGACUUUAUAAUCUGCUGUGUUUGUGUUCCGUUCACCAUCGCUCGCGUUUCAGGAUUUGCACAUUCCACACUGUUUUGUUGUUGGCAUGAGGCUGUAACAUCUGCUCUGAGAAAUGCGUCGUUCAUAACUCUAUUGCUUAUUUGUUAUGACCGUUACAAGUCAGUAACGAACCCGUUUGUGUUGAGACUUACCCACCUCAAAGCCAGGCGCGCUGUUAUUUUGGUGUGGUGUUUGAGUACUGUUAGUCUUAUAGCACCUUUCCUUGAAUGGCGAUGGAAGGCCAAAACAUCAUGGUCCUCUGCGUGUAUUUUGAUGUUUAGCGAAUCAAAAGAACCCUGUUUUUUUCGCCUGUAUUAUCUGCCAUCCUUUUUAUUGUCAUGUACAAUUCUGCUUCCCGCCUACUUGCGAAUAUCGAAGGCCGCCCUCUCCAGAGUGCACAUACAAGCCAUGAUGAUUCGAACGUCGUUUAUUGUGCCUGCGUCGUUUUCACAAAGGCGGAAUGAGGCAAUGGUGCGUCAAAAAGAAUGGAAAAUCGCCAAAAUGACUGGAGCAGUCGUCUGUUCUGUGUGUGGAUUAUGGUUGCCCUACACCACAUUAACAUUCUCUAUGUAUUUUAUGAGGCCCUCUAAUCACUUGCUUCGUUUAGAGUUCGUGUUUUUAGCUUUUGGCUACUUCAACUGUGUCUUGAAUCCCUUAUUGUAUGCUUUUACAAAGGAGAAAUUUCGCACUGCGUUUUGGAGAACUUUGCCUUGCAAGAAGUAACAGGUAGAGCGGGCAUUCAACUUUUUGCUCGUUUCAGCCUCAAUUUACAAACUAUCUCUUUAGUUUGUUUAUUGUGAGGAUGUUUUAAACCCAUAUACUUCCUAGUGGCCCUAAAGGCGGAAGAUUAUCGAAAUGAGUUGAAAAGUUGAAGCAUCUCUGCGCUUUUCGCAGUUGAGUUGCUUCCCGUAAAAAAAAUUUAUAGCGUGUAUUAACGCACGUAAAAUUAACGUAUAUUUACUUUUCUAGAGGACUUCGUUUCCUUUCGAAUAAGUCUAUUUCUUACACUAUUGUAGUCGGAUUUCCGCGGCUCAGUAUUUUUAUGCGAACAAUAAAGAAACUUGUGUCCACACAAAGCUGCAGUUUUUUCUCACAUCGUGUUUCGGGACGUUCGUUGACAAAACGAUGAAAAAUGCAAAUUGUGACCAAAAACAUACACAGAUAAUCCGAGCAGAUGGCAUAUGAAAAAUAAACUUUCAUUUUUUUCCCUCGAUUUGCAUUUCGGUGGAUUCAUUAAAUCAUAAAUUAAACGCUUUUCAUUUAUUUUGAUGAUUUUAAUAAUUUUUAGCCGAUUACAAAAUAGUCUUUUUGUUACUUUUUCGUCCGCUCUCUGUAUUAUGCAGUUCUAUUAGAUUUCGUCUUUCGCAAAUGCGGCCAUUCGUCCUUACACUGUUCCGUGCGAGGUGAAAUUUAUGAGCUGCAGUUGUAUCCACGUUACGGCAGAGACACGGCAAAGAUGAAAAACCUACACAGAAACUUGAAACCCGUGUAUCGAUUGUACCUGCUAAGACGAAUGGAUAGAAUCUUUACUCUUGCAAUAAAAGACUUGAAAUGAGACCUUUUCAGGAACAGUUCAGUAGUUCAGUUUACAAAUAGGCGUGAAUUAUUUAAUGGCAAACUGAAGCAAUUACAGUUUCACCUGACGUCACAAGUGUGCUUGGAGCAAUUAAUAUGAAGUUCCUUCAAAGGGGAUGGCUGCGCCAGUUAAUUUGUUGUUAGAAUAGAGGGUAAGAAUUACAAAACAAAAUUAUAAAAAAGAAAAAAAAGGCGAGAGUAAAGGAAAUGAUAACCAAUUAUAUGAACAUCACGAAAUUUAGUCUCUCUUGUGCAGGUCACUUGUGUUUGUGUAAUUAUUUUGUUUGGUAACCA